CCGGGGCGUGUGCACUGAAUCCGGGUCAUCCGCUGCCGCCGGGGCUGCAGCUGUGAGCGGCCGGGAAGCGCUGGGCCCCGUCUCCACCACCGACCAAGGGCAGCGGGCUCUGCCCGUCGCCGCUUUCUGCGACCUGGCCGUCAGCCCCACGUCGCCGGCCUGGAGGGGCAAAGAGGACGAGGGAGCCGCGGCUUCCUCCGGGGGCCUCGGCUGCCUGGAUUGCCAGGAGCUGGAAGCUGACAUUGAGUCCAGGCUGAGGAUGGAAGGUGUGGAGCUGAAAGAAGAGUGGCAAGAUGAAGAUUUUCCAGUACCUUUACCAGAAGAUGACAGCAUUGAAGCAGACCCACUAGAUGGAACUGGUCCAGACAGCCAACCUGGCUCAUUAGAAGUUAAUGGAAACAAAGUACGUAAGAAACUGAUGGCUCCAGACAUCAGCCUGACCCUGGACCCCAGCGAAAGCUCUGUGUGGUCAGAGGACUUGGAUGAGGGCGGCGAGGCUGAGCUGGACGGCUUAGACACCCCGUCAGAGAACAGUGAUGAGUUUGAGUGGGAAGAUGAUCUUCCCAAACCCAAAACUACUGAAGUCAUUAGGAAAGGCUCAGUUACUGAGUACACAGGCACAGAAGAGAAGGAAGAUGGCCGCCGCUGGCGCAUGUUCAGGAUCGGAGAGCAGGACCACAGGGUGGACAUGAAGGCAAUUGAGCCCUACAAAAAAGUUAUUAGCCAUGGAGGCUAUUAUGGAGAUGGUUUAAAUGCCAUUGUUGUAUUUGCUGUCUGUUUUAUGCCUGAAAGUGGUCAACCUAACUAUAGAUAUCUGAUGGACAAUCUCUUUAAAUACGUCAUUGGCACUUUAGAGCUGUUGGUGGCCGAGAACUACAUGAUCAUUUACUUAAACGGUGCAACAACUCGAAGGAAGAUGCCCAGUCUGGGAUGGCUCAGGAGGUGCUACCAGCAGAUUGAUAGACGAUUAAGGAAAAACCUAAAGUCCCUAAUCAUUGUCCACCCCUCCUGGUUUAUCCGAACACUUCUGGCUGUUACAAGACCAUUUAUCAGUUCAAAGUUCAGUCAGAAGAUUAGAUACGUCUUUACCUUGGCAGAGCUGGCGGAGCUCGUUCCCAUGGAGUACGUCGGCAUCCCAGAGUGCAUCAAACAGUAUGAAGAAGAAAAGUUUAAAAAGAGACAAAAAAGAGUUGAUCAAGAGCUUAAUGGAAAACAAGAACCACCGAAAAGUGAGCAGUAAGUUCUGCGUCCUGCCCAGACAGACCACGAGCACCGGGG